UGGUUUCAGGGCUUGAUUAAUAGCAGAGCGCUCGAAGCUCCUCCUCUAAAAGUUGCUCCUAUUGAUCAAUAGUUUGCAAGAUUGCAUGGCUGCUGAUUCGAGCCAUCGUGGAUCGGGUUCGGAGUUAUUGGUACAGAAAUCGAACCUACUUAGCUUGAACGAUGAUGGAGAUCAGAACAUUAUACUGAACCCGAGCUUCGACGACGGCCUCAACAACUGGUCGGCGAGAGGAUGCAAGAUCGCACUCCAGGAAUCGACGGCCACCCGAAACAUGCUGCCGUUGAGUGGGACGAAGUACUUCGCCGUGGCGACCGAACGCACUCAGUAUUGGAACGGGAUUCAGCAGGAGAUCACCGGCAGAGUCCAGCGCAAGCUCGCGUACGACGUCGCCGCCGCCGUUCGAAUUCAGGGCAGUGCUACUGCUACUGCGGCGGACGUGAUCGUCUCUGUCUACGUUGAAGGAACCAAUGGCCGCAACCAAUUUGUCCGUGUAGCAAAAUUGCAAGCUUCCGACAAGGAUUGGGUGCAAUUGCAAGGCAAGUUUCUCCUCAGCGUCUCCAUUUCCAAAGCUUUCGUAUAUAUCGAGGGGCCUCCCGCCGGCGUCGAUCUCCUUGUGGACAAUGUAGCAGUCAAGCACGCCGAGAAGAGCCCUCCACCGUCGCCUCCAGAUUUCUCUAAUGUGGUUUACGGCGUCAAUCUUCUCGAGAACGGCGAUCUCGUCGACGGGCCCGACGGCUUGAGCGGGUGGUUAGCCAUCGGUUCCUGCAAACUGAGCGUAAGCCCCGGCGGCGCGCCGCGUGUGCUUCCUCCCAUGGCGAGGGAGUCGCUGGGCACGCGCACGCCCUUAAGCGGGCGGCACGUUCUCGCUACCAAUCGCACGACGACAUGGAUGGGGCCGGCACAGACCAUCACCGACAAGCUGCAGCUGCACGUCACGUACCAGGUCUCUGCUUGGGUUCGCGUCGGCUGGAGCACUACUAGCAUUGCGCAAAUCGUCGGCGUCUCUCUCGUCGUGGACGGGAAGUGGAUCAGCGGCGGCCAAGUGGAGGUCAGCGACGGAAGAUGGUACGAGAUCGGGGGCUCGUUUAGAAUCGAGAAGCCGGCGUCGAGGGCCUUCAUUUCAGUAGGCGGCGCUUCGGCUGGAGUCGAUCUCAUGGUCGCAGGGCUUCAGAUUUUUCCGGUGGAUCGCAAAGCAAGAUUCAAGCACCUCAAGAACUUAACCAACAAGGUCAGGAAGCGGGAGGUGGUGCUUAAGAUCGCCCCAUCGGAGUCCGGCGACAGCAUUCCGCCAGGAUCGAUAGUUCAUGUGAAGCAGAGCAAGAACAGCUUCCCGUUGGGCACGUGCAUCGAGCGGAUGAACCUGGAGAACGAAGACGUGGUCGCCUUCUUCGUGGAGAACUUCAACUGGGCGGUGUUCGGCAACGAGCUCAAGUGGUACUGGACGGAGCCGCAGCAAGGCGUGAUCAACUACGCCGACGCCGACGACCUCCUCGCCUUUUGCAAGCAGAACGGGAUCGAGGUUCGAGGCCACUGCAUCUUCUGGGAGGUGGAGAACGCGGUGCAGAGCUGGGUGAAGUCGCUCGGGAAAGACGACCUCAACGCGGCGGUGCAGAACCGGCUCAACAGCCUGCUCACCCGAUACAAAGAACAGUUCCGGCACUACGACGUGGACAACGAGAUGCUCCACGGGUCGUUCUACCAGGACCGGCUGGGGAAGGAGGUCCACGUGAGCAUGUUCAAGACGGCGAGCGAAUUGGACCCGGCGGCGACUCUGUUCGUGAACGACUACAACGUGGAGGGGGCGGCGGACACGCGGGCGUCGCCGGAGGCGUACAUCAGGCAGGUGCUAGACCUGCAGGCGGGGGGAGCGCCGGUGGGUGGAGUCGGGCUGCAGGGUCACGUGAGGGCCCCGGUCGGACCAAUCAUAGCAGCGGCCGUGGACCGGCUGGGGGCCGCGCUGGGGCUCCCGGUCUGGUUCACGGAGCUGGACGUGCCGGCGGAGAACGAGUACGUGCGGGCGGAGGACCUGGAGGUCGUGCUGCGGGAGGCGGUGGCGCACCCGGCGGUGGAAGGCGUGAUGCUGUGGGGGUUCUGGGAGCUGCUCAUGUGGCGCGAGAAGGCGCACCUGGUGAACGCGGAUGGGGAGGUGAACGAAGCCGGGAGGAGGCUGCAGACGCUGAAGGAGGAGUGGCUGUCGCACGCCCGGGGGACGGUGGACGAGCAGGGAGAGUUCAGGUUUCGCGGAUUUCACGGCGACUACACGCUGGAGAUUCUCACGCCGGCGGCGAAGAGGCUCUCCCAGGCGUUCACCGUCGAAAAGGGCGACACCACUCUGGCGAUUAACAUAACCUCGUAGAAGAAAAUUAAUAAUAUAAAUUUGUAUUUAAUUCUAUCAUUAAAUCAAAUAAACAAUAAACAUUCAUAUUGGGCCGCAACAAUUGGAUCGGG